AUGGCGCUCGCCAACAAGGAAGAAGACAUAGCGCUGGAGAGCCCUCCGUUGACGUCGACGCAUGGGUCGGACAGAGGCAGCACCCGGGACGAAAAUGAGCAUGAAUUCGAGGUCGAAGCUGACGACAACGACGAAAAUGCAAUCAACCGCCGGAUUUCGCGCGCCAUCUCGACGCACUCGAUGGCCAAGAGGCCCGAGUCGCUGCUCCACGAGGCGUGUUUUCUCUUUGUCGUCUCCAUGGCGCAGUUCCUCGCGCAGACGGGCCUCGCCAUCUCCGUCAUUCCUGCGCACAUCAUCGGCAAAAGCUGGGAGAACGUACAGGAUGGACAGCUGAGCUGGUUUGCGGCCGCUUAUUCUCUGACCAGCGGAACGCUCAUUCUCGUCGCUGGCCGGCUCGGCGACUUGUACGGACACAGGCGGCUAUUCAUCAUCGGCUUCAUCUGGUACGGGUUAUGGCUCCUGCUGGGCGGGUUUGGCGUCUAUGCGACAACACCGACGUUUUUCAUCGUUUGCCGCGCAUUUCAGGGUAUCGGAACUGGAUUGGUGCUGCCGAAUGCGGUUGCGAUCUUGGGGCGAACGUAUCCUCCAGGCCGGCGGAAAGAAUUGGUCUUUAGUCUCUUUGGAGCGACUGCGCCGGCUGGAUUCAAUGUCGCGGGUGUGUUUAUCGCGCUGUUGGCAGAGCGGGCAUGGUGGCCUUGGUCUUACUGGAUCAUGGCAAUCUACUGCUGGGCCCUGGCCGUCGCAGGCUUUUUUGUGAUCCCAAGAUCGCUGGAUCCCCCGGCAGGAUCGGGCAGCGACUUGAAAACAGGACGCAGGUUUGACUUUAUUGACAAGAUUGAUCUCCCAGGCGCCUUCUUUGGCAUCACCGGCCUUUUGUUCAUCAAUUUCUCGUGGAACCAGGCGCCGAUUGUCGGAUGGCAAAAUCCAUACACCUACGUCCUUCUCAUCGUCGGAUUUCUAUCCCUCGGUGUAUUUGCAUUCGUGGAGCGCAAGGCGAAAUUCCCACUGCUGCCGACAUCUAUCUUUACGGGCGAACUUGGCUGGACUCUGAGCUGCAUUGUGGCAGGAUGGGCAAGCUUUGGUAUUGGACUUUACUACUACUACCAGAUUAUGGAAAUCAUCAAAGGCGACUCACCACUCCUGGCAAUUGCGAAAUGGUCCCCAGCGCCUAUAAUGGGCGUUGUCGCAGGCCUCACGACAGCAUACUUGCUCAGCCGUGUGUCACCGAGCGUAAUCAUGUUCAUGGCAAUGAGCGGAUUCCUCAUUGGCAGCACGCUGAUAGCCACACUUCCAAUUCACCAGACAUACUGGGCGCAGACUUUUGUAAUGACGGUCAUCUACCCUUUUGGAAUGGACAUGUCGUUUCCCGCAGGAUGCAUCCUGUUGAGUAACUCGAUGCCGCCCGAGCACCAAGGUCUUGCGGCGUCGCUCAUUGCGACAGCGAUCAACUAUUCCAUCUCCAUAAGCCUGGGUUUCGCAGGCACCAUUGAGACUCAUCUUAACCGUAAUGGGAGCGAUUUACUUCGAGGAUACAGAGCAGCGUUGUACUUUGCCAGUCGCCAGACUCGUCGGAGACCGAUACAGACUCGAUCCGAGAGCCGGUUAGCCGCUAUCGCUACACCAAACAAUGUGUCAAGCUCCAGUGUACAUGUUUCCCGUUCGGACAGUCGACUUGAUGGCCAAAGCUCUCAUUCAAAUACUCCCUUUGUGAGCCUUGAAUCCCCUGCAGCCUCAGAGAACACCCCUUCGGCUACUGCAUUAUACUUCAUUGCACCACACAUCUUUCAGCAAACACAGCUCGAGUUGCCCCAGAUUCAUCUCUCGAUUCCGGCAAAGCUAUCGCCCUUCCAAAAUGAUUCUUCUCGCAUCCGGAGCAUCGCCUAUAAUUUCUUCGACUCGAUUCACUGGUGGAUGCCAGUCAUCUCGAAAAGGGGUUUCUUUGCGCAUUUAUUGAAUCCUCUAUCACAGCGCCGAAGCGAACUCAGUCUGCUCAUCAUAUGCAUGCAGCUUUGUUGCGAGCCCGAUCUGAGCUCCGCCACGGGCACGCUUGACGCCAGAACUUUGUACCACAAUGCCAAGAGAUUACACUUUGAGAUGGAGGCCUCUGGUGUCUUUUCACUGCGAGUUCUCCAAGCCGGCAUCUUGAUUGCGCUUUACGAGCUUGGGCAAGCUAUAUAUCCUGCGGCGUAUCUAACUGUUGGUUCUUGCGCGCGGUAUGCCACAGCAAUUGGUGUCGAUCAGCUGAGAGACGACGAUACAUCUAGUGGCUAUGGAAAUUCUCGCACGCUGUCCGAAGUCGAGGAACGAAGACGUGCGUGGUGGGUCAUUCUAUUCUUAGAUCGGUCGCUCGCAACCAAGACCCCAACGUUCGACGACUUGCUUCCGGUUGAUGACAAGUUGUGGGAUGACGGCACGCUUAAAGCGAGCGACUUUUACACUAUAUCCCAAGCGUUUACUCUCGAAAUGGGCAUGUUUUCCCGAUUCGGGCAGGCUACCUAUAUGCUCAGCCAGGCUCUGGACCUUGUGAGCCCGGAUAACCAACAGAGCGCAAUCGAGAGAAGCCAACAGAUGGCUCAACUGAGACGAACAUUAUUUGCAUUAAUAACCGUUUCAAAUGCCGAAGCCGAUGCCAGAGAGCUGAGGAUAUGCGCUGGCUUCUGUCCCCAACUGUCUAUUUGCUCUAGUACUAUAUUUCUUCUCCAAGAGUAUCAAUGGCGAGUAAACAGCAAUAACAUGAGCGAUGUACCUAAUAUUGUCUCGGCGACAGACACCUGGGAGGAGACUCUAUCAUCUCUGGACUACAUUGCUACAACGUGUCAAGGGUUUCGAGAUCAGAUGGUAGACACCACUUCCGUACUGGUCGCUACUCCAUUUUUAGCCCAUGUAGCAUACCAGGCAGCAUUGUUCCUGAUUAGAAUGGGACAAGGAGCCCCUGACAGCGUUGCAACUGGGCGUAUAUCGCUCUUUAAGGACCUAUUGCAAGAUAUUGCUACCAGGUGGAAGAUGGCUAAUGUCUACUUGAGCAUAUUGGAGGCGCAAGAAAUCACGACGGCUUCCGAGGCCAUGUGUGGCCCUCGGCCUUUGAGGUAUUCUCAUGAAACCGAUGGCAAUGGGGAGUAA